CUCAGAAAAAAAAAAAAAAAAAAACACCUUGGCGUCGACAUGCUAGGAUUUGGCCCAACGCCUUCUUGACCAAACAGCAUAGCAGGAAAAUCAACAGCAACCUCAGAAAAGAAUCCCACCAAAGAUAAUCGACCGGGAUUCGGGUCCCGUCCUACUGCAUAACUUUCCAGCGUGAUUCUGCGUGUCGAAAAUCGAAACCUCUAUCGUACCCGGUGGCGGUCCGCGCGCGAAGGCUAAGGUCCCCCGGAUAAAGAUUGUUAUUGCUGCCGCAAUCCAACGGCGGAGUCGCCGACUACGAAUAACGAGGAAGGAGAAGAUAACGGACUUCAGUACGGCGACGGAGAGACUGAUCGGUGGGAAGAAAACGAAGGGGAGGCGAUAGGACACAUACCCGUCUUCAUCUGGAAAUGAUUCCAAUCAUUCGUUAAUCGUCGGAACCGAAGCCCUCGCAAGGUGCCGCCUUUUCGCUUGCAAUUUUCCGUGUUCGUUUUAUAAUUGGAGCUUCCUGUGGAAUUGAAAUAGGAGAGCAUCCAGCACUUCCAAAUCUGCUGGAAGGGUUGAACUCCUGUCCUUCACUAGAAUUUUCCUUUGUUUGUAACGGAAGGCGGGGAAAAGGGGGCCAUUGGUGGUUGUUUGUUUUCAUUCUCUUGUGUUCGUUCUGUGUGCAUUACCAAUCGCCAAUGGCGGAUCUCAAAGAGCGGUUGCUUCCACCAAAAACAGCAUCAGCAGUAAACCUUAGGGAUGGGUCAUAUAGGCCGUCAGCUUCUGGUCGUCAGCCAUUUCAAGGGGUGGAUGUUAUGGGUUUGAAGAAACGUGGGCAGGGACUUAGGUCUUGGAUACGGGUUGAUUCAUCUGGCAACUCCCAGAUUAUCGAGGUUGACAAGUUUACUAUGAUGAGGCGCUGUGAUUUACCUGCCCGCGAUCUUCGCCUGCUCGACCCUCUGUUUGUCUACCCUUCGACGAUUCUUGGACGAGAGAAGGCUAUAGUUGUGAACUUAGAGCAGAUUAGGUGCAUAAUUACAGCUGAUGAGGUUCUACUUCUGAAUUCGCUUGACAACUAUGUGCUGCAGUAUGUGGUAGAGCUGCAACGGCGACUGACUACAGCUGGAGUAGGUGAGGUUUGGCAGUCGGAAGGUCCGGAAUUGAAUAGAAGGAGGAGUAGUAGGAUUUACGAUAGUGUUUUUGGCACUCCAUCCCCGGAUUAUUUGCCGUUUGAGUUUAAGGCACUCGAGGUUGCUCUGGAGGCUGCCUGCACUUUCCUUGAUUCUCAGGCAGCAGAGUUAGAGAUUGAAGCCUACCCAUUGCUAGAUGAACUGACAUCCAAGAUCAGCACACUCAAUUUGGAACGAGUGCGUCGAUUAAAAAGCAGACUUGUAGCUUUAACCAGAAGAGUCCAGAAGGUUAGGGAUGAGAUAGAGCAGCUGAUGGAUGAUGAUGGAGAUAUGGCUGAAAUGUACCUCACUGAAAAGAAAAGCCGAAUGGAGUCAUCGUUUUAUGAACAGGGCUCUAUAGGAUUCAAGUCAAAUGAUGGAGGGGUAUCCGCUUCAGCUCCAGUUUCCCCUGUUUCUUCACCACCUGAUUCCAGGCGGCUGGAGAAGUGCUUGAGUAUUGCUAGGAGUCGACAUGAAAGCAUGAGGAGCUCAGAAAGCGGUACUGAGAGUAUAGAGGAGUUGGAAAUGUUGCUGGAAGCAUAUUUUGUGGUCAUUGAUAGUACCUUAAACAAGUUGACAUCGUUGAAGGAGUACAUUGAUGACACUGAAGAUUUCAUCAAUAUCCAGCUGGAUAACGUCAGAAAUCAGCUGAUCCAAUUCGAGCUGAUACUCACUACUGCUACAUUCGUCGUGGCGAUUUUUGGGGUAGUAGCAGGUGUCUUCGGCAUGAACUUUGCGAUACCUCUGUUUGAUUACCCAGGUGCUUUUAAGUGGGUGCUUAUGAUCACAGCAGUGUGCGGGAUUACCAUAUUCUGUGCAUUUGUAUGGUUCUUCAAGUACAGAAGACUCAUGCCGCUAUAGAAACAGCAUUAUAGAAAUAUAGAUGUUGCUAUUCGCACUCCGAACAGUGUCUGAAAGACUUCCUAUAUUAUAGUUGCAAAUGUCUCUGUAAUAGGGAUUUGUCGAUGGAUCGAGGACCGUGGCAAGGUGCCUCUCCAUCUCCCUCUCUUUUGUUUGAGCAUUAUUUGGAAAGAUCAAUGAGAACAGCACAUAGAGCUUAGCUUAAUGUGAUCAAUUGGCAGGGUGUAUGAUAUCAUGUUUGGAUCCCUUUUGGAAAGGGAUAAUGAAACUUCAAGUCCAUGAACAACUUAUAGC